UCGGGCGCUCACUCGGGACAGAAAGCGCGUGCAGGCGCCGCAUCUUUCACUCCGACCACCUGUUGACUGGAGCGCGCACGAAGUUCCCGACACGCGCUGGGCUGAGAUCGGAUGUGUUCUCACACAGAUGUGCAUUGGAUCUACGUCCGUACACGGAACAAAGUUUUUUCCACGAGUUUUUAUUAUUAUUCUUUUUUUUUUUUUUCUGAAGGAAGAACUUGUGCCAAGUCGUACUGUAAGUGACAUCCCGAGGACAUCAUGCACGUCGUUUACAGUUUAUACGCAAACCAGAUGUUUAGGAUUUGGAAGGCCAAGCGUCAUCAUCACCAUCAUCCAUGCACGGUCGCGUAAACUUGCACGUUAUGUGAUUUGCGCGUGAGAUGGUCCGCUACAACAUCCCAGGUUGUGGAGAAAUAACUUAAAAAACACACACUACGACAUGCGUUUUCGCCCCAGGAUGAAAGUAGGGUGCGUGUUCUUUGCGCUGGCGGCUUUGUGCAGGAUAAUCGUGGCGAGCAGGAGACACUGUCCAGACCUCACCGUGGAGAGCUGUGAGUGCGCAGCGGAGCGCUCCGGGGCGCUGAAUCGGCGCAGCGCGCGCGUCACGGUGGCUUGUGAAGAUGCGGACCUGACGGACACGCUCGAGCCUCGCGCGCUGCUCACCACCACAACCUCACUGAUCCUCAGCAAUAACAAAAUCUCAAUGGUGAAAAACGGCUCUUUCUUCGGCUUACACUCUCUGGAGCGACUGGACCUGAGGAGUAAUCUGAUUAGUACAGUGGAGCCUGGAGCAUUUCGCGGAUUGGUUAUGCUGAAGAGACUGGAUCUAUCCAACAACCGCAUUGGCUGCCUUUCCGCCGGGAUAUUUCUUGACCUUGGCAAUCUCUCGAAGCUAAAUUUAUCAGGAAACAUCUUCUCCAUGCUUCCUGAAGGGCUGUUCAUACACUUGAGUUCCUUGAGAGUUCUACAUUUCAGUACAGAUUACCUGUAUUGUGACUGCCAGUUGAAUUGGUUGCUGAUGUGGGCCAGAGCCAGAUCUGUACGCGUUGGAAACGAGACAGCAUGUGUGUAUCCUUCACACCUCCAUGGCUUCCCAGUGCGUGGCCUCCAAGAACACCAGCUCACCUGUGACUCUCCUCUGGAGCUUCCUCUGCUUCAACUCAUCCCCUCUCAGAGGCAGCUAGUGUUCCGUGGUGACCGACUCCCACUGCAGUGCACCGCCUCUUUCCUGGACUCCUCCAUCACUCUAAACUGGAGUCAUAACCACUGGCCUGUGCACACACACGAAGAGAGAGGAGUGUAUGUAGAGGACAGCAUUAUACAUGACUGCUGCCUUAUCACCAGUGAACUAAUCCUCUCCAACGUGGAUGCUGAUGUUUCCGGUAAUUGGCAGUGCCACGUGACCAGUUCCCGUGGCAACAGCACCAUUGGCAUGGAGAUUGUGGUAUUGGAGACAUCUGCACUGUACUGUUCUGCAGAGAGGGUGACCGGCAACAAAGGUGACUUCAGGUGGCCUAAAACCCAGGCUGGUUUAAUGGCGUUUCUCCCCUGUGCCACAGCCUCCUACAGCUCGCAAGAGAAGAGGGCGUGGCGUAGAUGUGAUAAGCAAGGCCGGUGGGCAGAGGACGACUACAAUCAAUGCCCUUACUCCAGCAAGUUCACCCGUGUACUGCAUGAACUUACACAGAUAUCAGUAAACACCACCAACGCUCUGCUAAUGGCUCAGCAACUCUCCUCCAUCACCAGCAAUGCAGCGAUGUUCGGAGACAUGAUGGACGUCAUCUUUGUCACACAUCUUGUCGAGAGAAUCACGCGGCUUGUGGAUCGCCUCUAUGAACUAGGGGACUACGUGUCCGACAUUGCAAGCAACAUGAUGCAGGUGGAGGAGCACAUCCUGUGGAUGGCUCAGAGCGAGGCUCGAGCCUGCACGCGCAUCGUACAGUGUGUUGAGCGCAUUGCAGACCUCACCCUUAACACACACACCCAGAACAUCUCAAAGGUCUCUCCUAACAUAGCUCUGGAGGCCUUCAUGCUGAGACCUGAAAGUGUAACAGGUUUGCUGUGUACAGUGGUGGCUAAUCCAGGUCAGACUGUGGGCACUGGGGUUUCUGCGGUUUCAAGAUCACUGGAGGAAACUCUCCUCAAUUUCAGAUGUCACACACCCAUUGUCACAGGAUCACCCAGUGGCCAGCUCAGUCAGAGCGCAGUGGCUGUCGCCUCCAUUCAUUUACCGCUGGCUGGCUCAGUGCGCGCCUCCGCCUUACGAUCUGUUGAUAACUCGACCUGCAGACUGCAGCUGAUUGUAUUUCGCAAUGGGAAACUCUUUCCAUGCACGGGGAACUCGUCCAGCUUGGCAGACGACGGCAAGCGGAGGAGCGUGGCCACUCCGGUCGCUUUCGUCAAAUUAGAUGGCUGCAGUCUCGAUAGCUCCAUUCAGCCCGUCGUUAUUACCCUGAGGCACUGGGUUCUAGGUGCAGAUCCCACUGCAGCCUACUGGGAUUUCGACCUGCUGGAUGGACACGGAGGCUGGCGGGCGGAGGGCUGCCACAUAACGGGCUCGACGGGCAACACCACUACUGUACACUGCACGCAGCAUAAAAACUUCGCCGUGCUCAUGGAUCUGAAGAAGGUGCUGUCGUUCCCUCCAUACCCGGGGGACUUCCUGCACCCGGUUGUGUAUGCCUGCACUGCUGUCAUGCUGCUCUGCCUUUUUGCUUCCAUCAUCACUUACAUAGUGCACCACAGUACAAUCCGGAUCAGCCGGAAAGGAUGGCACAUGCUCCUGAACUUCUGUUUCCACACAGCUCUGACGUUCGCUGUGUUUGCCGGAGGCAUCAACCGCAUCAAAUACCCAAUUUUCUGCCAAGCGGUUGGAGUAAUACUUCAUUACUCGUCUCUGUCCACUAUGCUAUGGCUGGGGUUCACAGCUCGGAACACCUACAAGCAGGUGAUCAAGAAACCCCCCAAACCUCAGGAUGGAGACGUGCCUCCUCAUCCACCCAGAUCACCCUUGCUGAGGUUUUAUUUAAUUGGUGGAGGAAUUCCCUUCAUUAUCUGUGGCAUCACAGCUGCCAUCAACAUAGAAAAUUAUGGCAGCGGAGAGCAAACUCCAUACUGCUGGAUGGCAUGGGAGCCGAGUCUCGGGGCUUUCUAUGGACCUGUGGCAUUCAUUGUUUUGGUGACGUGUGUCUACUUCCUGUGCACAUUUAUCCAGCUGCGUAAACACCCAGAGAGGAAAUACGAGCUGAAGGUGCUGUCCGAGGAGCAGCAGAGACUUUCUGCUGCCGACGUACCCCACUGCCACCAUCAAGGGGAACCCGGUAUGCCAGGAGGUGACGGGACACGCUGUCAUGCUGGCUGCCCGGGCCUGAUCAACCCAUCUUUACUCGCUAAUGAGCACUCAUUCAAGGCUCAACUAAGGAGCGCUGCAUUCACACUGUUUUUGUUCUUAGCCACGUGGACAUUUGGGGCUCUGGCUGUGUCUCAGGCUCAUUUCCUGGACAUGAUAUUCAGCUGUCUGUAUGGAGCGUUCUCUGUCACUCUGGGUCUUUUUGUGCUCAUUCACCACUGCGCCAAGCGUGACGAUGUCUGGCACUGCUGGUGCGCCUGCUGCCCUGGUCACCAAGCGAAUACAUGUCAAGGGCAUGGGCACACCCACGGGCGCCCCAAGGUUAAUGUUAACGGGGAUGUACACAGGCACGGACAUGGGCAUGAUCACUGCCAUUUAGACUCGCCCUGCACAGGAAAGUCUGUCCUCAGUCACACACACUCACAUGGCUUGUGUAAGCUCAGUAACCUGCAGGCACAGAACCAUGUAACCUGCUUGACCCCUGUGAGCCCUGUGUCCCCUUGCUGCUCAGGUCUCCACACAGAUAAGCUGAUGGAAGAGAGGCCUAUUCACCUGCACAGCUGCCUGAAACCAGGCAGGACUAAAGGAAGGCAGCGGGCAUCGCCACUUGGAGAGAGAGAGUUGGCUUUCCAUCUUCCAGCCAAUGCAGAUGCCGGCAGCGGACAUAGCUCAGCCACCGACAGCCCGCAUAGCACCUGUCAGCGCCAGGGUCACAUCUGCCAUCUGGCUCAAGAUGAGCACCAGGACUGGCACCAUGCAUGCUCUCAUCAUGACACUCCAUUGUGCCACACUGCACUUUGCCACCGGCACACGUGCUGUACCAAGGCAGAGAUCCUGCCUUCGCCCCUGUGUCACACUGAGAGCAGAGAGCCGGAAACCCUCCUCUGCGGCUGCGGGAAGAUGGCAGAGGAUGAGCUUGCAGUGGCAUGUCACGGCCAUGUAGAGAUGCACCCUCGCAGACAGUCCUUCCCACAGUGUGUACCCAACCAGAACGGGCUUCUCAGAGGAAGUGGACAUGAGGGGAACCUAUACCAAUCUGACAGUACGGGGAAUAUACGCACUGGACCCUGGAAAAAUGAAACUACUGUGUAGUUCAUGGGCUCGGAGCGCAUUCUGAGUUAAUCACCUUCUCUAGGAUAAAAAAAAAAACAAAAAACGAACGAAGCAGAUGUUCUAAAGAUUCAUGCCUGUUUUGGUUUUAAUAUUAUCACAGUUCUUUUUUUCAGGUUUGUUUUCUUUUAUUGUUUAUUCUACAAAACCAUCACUCCAGAAUGGCAACACAGACCCGAAUUGUUGGAGGAAAAAAAGGAACCAUUGUUUGACACAUGCUGCCAGAUUGGGAUCACGUUCUUUAUCCGGAUUUUAUCUUUAACCACAAUUCCAUCAUUACAGCAUAACAAACGGUCGGUGUGUAUGUGUGAGUGGGUUUUGCGUAUGUGCGAGUGAACAUGAAUGUACUUUAUGUAUGUCCUUCUGCAAAUGCAAUCAAUUUCGUGUUUGGUGAAAAGAAUUAUUUCAUAAGAUGCCGGAUUAUACUCUAAUGAGAUCUAAGUUAUUCAAUAAAAUGUUCCUGACAGUGCCCGAGCUGUGCAACACAAGUGAAGUGAAAAGCACUAAGAAUACGUUUCCAAGUGUCCAAGUACAACAUGAAUACAUCACCAGCAAUUUUAACUCAUCCGUGUUUUCAUGUCACUUUAACGAACAUGCUUACUGUAUACUGUGAACAACAGCUAAAACUUAGUACUAUACAAAAACAGAGAAAACAUAGACCUAGUUCUGUCCAAGUUCUUUUUGGCCUCUGUAGUGUACAAACUAAACAAAAAAAACAACAACAAAAAAAAACAAGACUGUCUGUUUUACUGCAGAUCUGUAUUGAUUAUACCGUUUCUAUGGUGAAUUUCUGAUCAUUGAGGUGUGUGUACAACAAUUCUGUCGUGUUAUUCUCUGGUGCUAGAAGACCAACUAACACAAUUACAUAACCAUGUUGCAUUAUUCAGCUGGAGCAAACAAAUUAACCAACGCUUUGAUAUGAAAUAGAAAAAUUCACUUAUGUACGCUCGCCAUCCACUUUAUUAGGAACACCUGUAAGGCAGCACAUUUACUCCAAUCAGCCAUAACAGUA